CAGAAGCAAAUCCUGAAGGAAAGAUUGGAGCUUUGGGCGAGUUAUCGACUUUUAUCAUGGUGGUCGCUAUCUGCGUUUCCCAAACUAUAGCCACUCCUUAAAACCCAAUCCAAAUGCUCUGGCCUCCUGCAAGCGAGUAACCAUGCCAAUUUUCACCCUCUCUCACGGUGGAGGAUCACUUGCCAGCAUCUCUUUUCUCUCCCAGCAUCAGCUGUUCUUCAAUGCCCGACAACUUCUCCGCCCAUUCUCCAGCAGUAAUCCCGCCAUUGUUGAGUCAUUUGAGAAGUACCCACAAGCUCAGACACUCACUUCUCACUGUCAGAGCCGAAGACUCUAAUGGGUCUCCCGCCGCCGCUACUACCAGCGAAGCUGUCCUUGAAGCAGCCUGAUGCUGAUGCUGCUAAGCUAGCUCGGAGAUCUGCUGAUUGGACGGCGGCUAGAGGAUUGAAGGAGAAUGGGGCAAUCCAUGUUGGCAGGAUUGAGAGUUCUAAUGCUGGUGGUUUACUUGUACGCUUCCAUUCUCUGAUGGGUUUCCUUCCUUUCCCACAGUUGAGCCCUGCUCACUAUUGUAAAGAGCCACACAAAACUAUACAUGAGAUAGCCGAAGGCAUGACCAAUUCACUUAUUAAAGUGAAGAUUAUUGCAGCAGACGAGGGGAACAGGAACUUGGUUUUCUCCGAAAGGGAAGCUACAUGGGCGAAGUUCUCCAAAGGUAUCAAAGUUGGGGAUGUUUAUGCGGGAAGAGUAGGGUUGGUGGAGGAUUAUGGUGCCUUUGUUCACUUGCGUUUCCCUGAUGGUCUGCAUCAUCUCACUGGGCUAGUACAUGUUUCGGAGGUAUCGUGGGAUUUAGUUCGAGAUGUAAGAGAUGUCUUAACUGAAGGUCAAGAAGUGAGGGUCAAAGUCACUGAAAUCGAUUGGCAGAGGUCAAGGAUUGCAUUGUCAAUAAAACAGCUAGAAGAGGAUCCUCUGCUUGAAACUCUGGAUAAAGUAAUCCCUCAGGAUGAUGGUUCAGUUGGCACUGAUCCUAGUGGUGUUUAUAACGGCAUUAAAAUUGAACCGCUUCCUGGACUCAGCGAUAUAUUCAAGGAACUCCUGCUCGAAGAAGGCAUAGAAGACAUAAGAAUCAAUAGACAAGGAUUUGAGAAACGGGUAGUCUCACAGGACCUCCAACUUUGGCUCUCAAAUGCAGUGCCCGUAGAUAGAAAGUUUAUUCUCCUGGCUCGUGCUGGUAGGCAGGUGCAGGAAAUCCAAUUGACUACAACACUUGAUCAAGAAGGCAUAAAAAAGGCGUUGCAACAUGUUCUGGAACGGGUUCCAUGAGAACAUGUGACUGGUACUGGAUGGAUUUAUGCUUGAUCACGAAGGUAUCAAAGAGAAUAGUACACCCAUGGAUUCAUCUUCAAUGGUGAUAUGUUUGACGAAAGGAGAGCCAACAAGGUUGAUUAUAUGAUGUAUUGAUUGUUCGUCAAUUCCUUCAGUUGUGUAUACAGCAAGUUUACGAACUAGUCACUGCGCCUUCUCUGUAAUGUAGUUUUUUUGGUAGAGCAUUUAUGGGUGCACCAAACGUUUGUAUACCUCAAAUCAAUUUAUCAUACAACAAAAAGAAACAAAAAUUAUGCACCAUUACUAUAUUAUGCACACAUACUCAAAUCCUAACAAUCUGGAUAGUCCAGCAGCGCGAACUUCACGUGCAACCCAAUCUUCCCGCCGUCGACCACUAGCUUACCGGCUGUCACCAACCAAUGUCCCGGUGUGUCAUGGGGACCGCGAACAAUCUCAGCUGUCUCCACAUACUUGAGAAGCUUCCUCGAGCUCACUGGAACCGGAGGACCAUCUGGAUACACUCCAGAAUUAAGGGCAGCCGGAGCAGCAGCCUGUUUGUCCUGGCCAGGUGGUGUUCGUUGAGUGAAUGUGAAUGUGGUGCUGAUAUUCGUGAGGAUGCUCGUCUUGUGAGGCCCUUCUGGGACGGCUGCCCAUUCGGUCUUCCGGAUGCUGCAGUGGGGCAAGUGU